GGUCCCCGGCGUGUCCACAUGUUCGUGUUUUCUGAGGUAUUUACCUGUUUUAAAUAGCUUUUUAAGCUGUAAUUUGCACCUGUAGGUGGUUUUAAAUCACCUGUAGUUCAUUACAAGGCUUGUUAUCUAAUCCACAUUUGAAAGAAGUGUAGUUUAAUGUGCAGAAAUGAAGGGUAAAUGGAAGCAAAACACCAACAAGAAGAAGGGGAAUGAAGUGUUGGAGAAGUGCCUGGUGGCAGUGGAUGAGUUUAUUAAAAAGAAUGCAGGGGAAGAAGAUGGAGCGAAUGACCAUGGCUUGAGAUUUGUGAAAAAGAAAAGCAGGAAAGAUCUGCGUAAAGAGACGAGAAAGUUUAAAAAAGCCAAAAUGAAAAACUACUACGAGGGGAACAAGACCCUCAUCGAACCCCCCAAUGAAGAGCUAGAGAAACACACGAAGAAGAAGAGGAAGAAGAAGAAGAAGAAACCUAAAGUAAACGAUGAAGAAGUGUCAACAAGUGAAGCUACAGAGCAACCAAACAAAUCUAAGAAACCUUCAAAGAAAGUCAACAAGCUUCAGGAGUCCAGAAAAAUAGCUCUUUUGGAGGCGAACGAACAGGAAGACAGAGAGAUCAAGAAACUGGAGAAAUGCCUGGGGUUAAACAAGAGGAAGAACAAGAAGAGUCUUCCUCAGUCCUUCGUCACCGAUGGUCUGGACUACAUCCUGGGAAUAUUGGACUCUGGAUCCAACGCUGAUGGGAUGUACGACGAAGACGAGGACAUGGAAAUGGCGAAGAACAAUUUUGAAAAGCUUGAACAAAGUGACUCUGAUGAGGAGGGAAAAGAUGGAGAUGAGGAGGAGGAAGAGGGAAAAGAUGGAGAUGAGGAGGAGGAGGAGGAGGGAGAAGAUGGAGAGGAGGAGGGAGAAGAUGGAGAUGAGGAGGCAGAAGAGAGUGAUGAAGAUAUGGGAUCAAUAGAGGAUGAAAGUGAGGAGGAGGAAGAGGAUGAAGUGGUUGAGGAAGAGGAGGAAAUGGAGGAAGAAGCAGCUGACGAUGAAGAUGAAGCAGAGGAAGACGAAGCAGUCACUCCUGAAGCAAAGACGCCUGAAAUCGUGACUUCAGGUAAAUACGUCCCGCCUCACCUGAGGAACGCUGGAGACGACAAACGCCGAGCAGAGCUGGAGAAACUGAAGAGGAACGUGAAAGGACUCGUGAACAGGCUGAGUGAGCCCAACAUGGCGUGGAUCAGCGGGCAGCUGGAGGAGCUGUACAUGAGCAGCAGCAGGAAGGAUAUGACCGACAUGCUGACGGAGGUCCUGCUGUCCGCCUGCGUCUCCUCCGCUCUGAUGCCCGACCGCCUGCUGAUGGAGCACGUGCUGCUGAUCAGCAUCCUGCACCACGCCGUCGGCCUGGAGGUCGGAGCUCACUUCCUGGAGACGGUUGUUCGACAGUUUGACGAAGUGUACAAGAACCCUUCGGAAACCAAGGAGUGCGACAACCUGAUCUCCAUCAUCUGCCACCUGUACAACUUCCAGGUGGUUCACUCGGUGCUCGUUUUCGACAUCCUCAAACACCUGGUGGGAGACUUCAGGGAGAAGGACAUCGAGCUGGUUCUUCUCGUGCUGAGGAACGUCGGCUUCGCUCUGAGGAAAGACGACGCUCUGGCCCUCAAAGAGCUCAUCUGUGAGGGACAGAGAAAAGCUGUAGAUGUGGGGACGAAGUUCCAGGAUCAGACCAGGGUGCGCUUCAUGCUGGAGACCAUGCUCGCUCUGAAGAACAACGACAUGAGGAAAAUCCCCGGCUACGAUCCUGAACCCAUGGAGAAACUGAGGAAGCUGCAGAGGACUCUGGUGCAGCGUCGAGCAGGAGGCAGUGACAUGAAGCUGAGGGUCUCUCUGGAUAAUCUCCUGGCAGCAGAUCAGAUCGGGCGAUGGUGGAUCGUCGGGUCCUCGUGGAGCGGAGCGCCGAUGAUCGGAGAGCAAAACGCCUCCAAAGAGAGUGAAGGAAAGUUCAGCGCUAAAGUCUUGGAUCUGGCGAGGAAACAGAGGAUGAACACUGAAGUCAGGAGGAACAUCUUCUGUGUGGUGAUGACCAGCGAGGACUUCAUGGAUGCUUUUGAGAAACUGAUCAGGAUGGGUCUGAAGGACAAGCAGGAGAGAGAGAUCGUUAACGUGCUGAUGGACUGCUGUCUGCAGGAGAAAACAUUCAACGGUUAUUACGCCGUGCUGGGAGAGAAAUUCUGCUCUCACGACCGACGCUUCCAGAUGACGUUCCAGUUCAGCCUGUGGGAUAAGUUCAGAGAUCUGUCCAGUCUCCCCAGCAGCACUUUCUCCAACCUGGUGCAGCUGGUCUCUCACUUCCUGCAGAAGAAGUGCCUCUCGCUCUCCAUUCUCAAAGUGAUAGAGUUUGGGGAGCUGGAUAAAGCCACGGUGCGAUUCCUGCGUCAGCUGCUCACCAAACUGCUCAAAGAAAUGGAGCCUGAGGAGCUAGUCAGCGUAUUUGGAAGGAUCUCAGGAAUUCCCAAACUAGGAAUGCUGCGGGAGGGCUUGAAGCUUUUUAUCAGCCACUUCCUGCUGAAGAGCAUCAGGAACCAAGGAGCAGCUGAGCAAGCAGAGGAGCUGACGGAGAGAGCGAAGGUCGCAUCCAGGGCCAUGGAGGCCAAGGAGGUCAAGCUCAAACUGUAACACACACACACACAUCCUUACAGACACUCUGACACACACACACACACACACACACCAGAAACUCCAGGAGCACGACUGUGGAACAGAAGAAGGACUUGUGUGUCGUUUCUAGUAGUUAGUCUAGUUACACUCUUCCUCAAAAUAAAACCUAUUACACACACUCACACACUCACACACACACACACACACACACACACACACACACACACACACACACACACACACACACACACAAAACUCCAGGAGCACGACUGUGGAACAGAAGAAGGACUUGUGUCGUUUCCUUGUAGUUAGUCGAGUUACUCUUACUCAAAACAAAACCUCUUACACUUACACUCACACACACACACACACAGACACACACACACACACAUACACACACACACACACACACAUACACACACACACACACACACUGACACACACACACACACACAUACACACACACACACACACACACACACCAGCAGACGUUUGGACACGCCUGUGGAACAGAAGAAGGACUUGUGUGUCGUUUCCUUGUACAUAAUUCUAACCAUUAAUUAAAAUGUGGGCUUUAGAGACACGCCAGUCCUCACCCAUUUUAUCUGAACAUGUUGCCUCUUGAUUCAGAUUUAUUAUCCUGCAAUAAAUCGCUAUGUUUAAUGACAAUUUGAAA